CCAAUAGCACACACCAAUACAAACCAAUAAAUCCCAAGAAUAAAAAUGGCAAAGGCUAUUGCUCUCGUCGCCUCUGCCCUCUGCUUCUUGGCCGUCGCCGCCGCUGAUGGAUCGUUCUCCGUCGAAGGCUUGGUCUAUUGUGACGGAUGCCGGGUCUUGUUCUACACCGGCGUCGGCGGGAAAAUCGGACAAGCUGAUGUGGAACUGCAAUGCAGAGAUCGUGAAAACGGGACAGUGACUCUCACGAAGGCUCAGAAAUCCGACGAUGGCGGGUACUACGCCAUUUACAUCGACAAAGAUCACCAGAACGACAUAUGCGAGGUGCGGGUCGUGUCUAGCCCCAUACCGGAAUGCAGGGAAAUCGUGCCCGCAAUAGCCAGCAACAGGGUCAACCUCGCUAGAGACAGCGGCAUCAUCACCAACUCCCGCUUCGUGAACCCCAUCGGAUUCGUGAACAAGAAUGCCUAUCCGGAAUGUCAUGAUGUGCUCGACGCGAUGGGUUUCAUCCCACAGGUUUGAGCGACGAAGAAGAAGAUCGAAAGGGACAUCACUGCUGGGCUUCAAAAUCCGUCCGAUCGGUUGCCGAUAGUACAUUGGCUUAAUAGUUAAUCCUCCUCUCGAGUUAAUUUGUAACCUCUGUUACUGAGAUAUUUGAAAAUAUUGGUGUGAGAAAGACAAAGUUCUACAUUCAGCUGUUUGAGACAUUUGGGAUUACUUUAUAUGGAACUUUAUUCCAUAAAUAGAUUUCGCGAUUUGUAA